AUGCCUAAAUACUAUGAAGAUAUUGAGGAGAUCAAGAAGAAAAAGAAGUAUGCUUGUCAAGGAAUCAGAGAUGACCUGCUUGAGUGUCUGCUCAAAACUGAAUGCUGUACAGUGAAAAAGAAGACACCAAGGGAAUGUAUGCUUGACCCAGCAAUCCCAGAUGAGUGUACCAGACUACGUACAGCCUUUUUUGAAUGCAGGAGAUCCAUGCUGGACAUGCGAACAAGGUUUAGAGGAAGGAAGGAUUACUAA